AUGUCUUACGAGAUGACUGACACGAGAGGCAAAGGGUCAGCCGUUUACACGCACCUACACUACAACCUAACCUGUGAGCCAGCUCACCGUAAUGACCGACUCUGCCUGACCGAUGGACUGGUUGUGUUUGAACGCCUGUCCCACAUCUACUUCAACGCCACCACCACUCAGCCCCGGGACAGUUAUCGACCGUUCUUCGUAUGGAAUUCCACUCAAAGCCAUAGACAACACACCCAUGAGUUGCGGAUCCAGUUUACAGUCGAGGAUACGAUGGUUACCGCUCCGGUUGACUACAUCCGCACUAUUAGACUAACCAUGUUCAAUUAUAGCGAUUAUACCACGGAUUCAUUGCUUAAGGAAUUCACGUUUGAAACAAAUAUUGAGGAGGCGCUACGAAAAUCGGAGGCCCGAGUAGACGUCCUACAGGUGUCCAACAUAACCAAUCCGUCCAACUCUGUCAUACGGGAGUCAAUCAGCCAGGAAAAGGCGUUUCGAUCGGAAAGUCAACUCACAUUUGCCAACAAAUACCGGCAAAUGAGUGGCAAAAACACGACCACUCAGGUGGGCGGGCAAGUGGGCGGCAUAAUGUGGAACCUUUUUAGCGCCGACAUAAGGGCCAACUUUGAGCAUGGUAUUUAUUCCCAGUAUACGAACUACACGGAGCGCACCGGCACCACGACUACCAGCGCUGAGCACGUGUUCAAAUUGACGCGCGAGAUUACGGUCAACCCGUACGAGUCGGUCGAGUACAGCGCCUACCUAUCAAUCGUUAAGGACCUGACCCUACCCUACCGGGCCGUCAACCACCUGAGCGUUCGAACACUAAACUGA